GAUAUAACUUCUCUAGUAAGAAUAAAGAAACAUUUUCCUAUUUAGAAUUAGAACAUAUAAAGAGCAAAGGAUUUUUGUCACAAAUAUGUAUAGAUGAGAUGCAUUAUGCUCUUUUUUGGGUUUGUGAUGACAAGUAAAUCGAAUCUUAUGAGCAUAAACAAGAAAGAAAAGGCACCUAUCAUACUACCGCUCAUUAUGACACUCCUCUUUCCACUUUUGGCCCACGCGUCUACAUGGCUAAAUUCCGUGGGAAUUCAUUUUCUCAUGUGCGAUUUUCACACCAGAUAAUUCAUUUUCCAGCCAUGGAUAUCAAAAGUGAGUGCAAUUCUAGCAAGAGAAUCAUUCAAUUAGGAAGAUGUUGCUAUGAUAUUGAGCACAAAAACUCACUAUCAGCUACAAGAUCAAGUAAGUUGAGAUGGAAAAUGUUGUGGAUGAAGCUCAAGAAAGAAAAGAAAAAGCUGUUUGAAUGUGCAUCAUCAACUUUGCAGCAGGUUCCUUAUGAUCCUUACACUUACUCUCAGAAUUUUGAUCAAGGGACAGUGUUUGAUGAACCAGAUAAUCUGUCUAGAUCUUUCUCUGUUCGGUUUGCUGAUCCUUGUAAAUUAAUUGUCAAUUGUCAAAAGAGAGGGGUAGUUUAAGGUAACUUAGGGAAGGCUAAGAAAAUUUGAGACUCGAUUAUUUCCUUACCUUACAAUGCUAAAUGCCACAUUAUAUAGCUAUGUCAGUAUCUAUUUUUUCCCAUUUUGCUUAGCCUAUGGUCUGAUUCUUUGUUUUAUAUGUGUGCAAUGUUACUUAUAUGCAUAUUUGUGAUUGGUAGUUGUGAGAGCAAUAGAGCAUUACAUGGUGGGAUUCAAUUAACUUAUUGAUGGAAAAGUUGUGAAUAUUUCCAACAAGUAAAGAAUAUUUCCUUUAUCA